UUAUUUCAGAGUGAAAAUGCGGGACCCGGAAUUAGUUCAUAAUUUUAAGGGACAUAAGGAUGCAAUCACAGCCCUUCACUUCAAUCCGUCUCAGAAACAGGUUGCUUCCAGCUCCUCCGAUGGGUCUGUUAUGCUCUGGAACUGGAACUCCGACAAAAAGGCUUACCGGUUUUCGGCGCACACAGAUGCAGUUUUGGACGUAAAUUUCUCCAGGUCUGGUCAUCUCAUGGCGUCGGGUAGUCGAGAUCGGUCAGUCCGUCUCUGGGUUCCUAAUCUCAAAGGAGAAAGUACGGAGUUUAAAGCACAUCUGGGUGCAGUGCGCAGCGUUGAAUUCUCUCCUGAAAACCUUCGUCUUGUGACAGCUUCGGAUGAUAAAUCUGUCAAAAUUUGGACGGUUCAUAGGACACGAUUCACGCAAAGCUUGGCCGAACACACGAACUGGGUGCGCUGUGCACGCUGGAGCCCAGACGGGAAACUUGUAGUUUCAUGUUCAGACGAUAAGACUAUUAAAGUUUGGGAUGAAACGUCUGGCACUUGUAUUCAUACUUUCAACGAACCUAAAGGAUUUCCUCAACAUGUAGCCUUUCAUCCCAGUGGAUCUUGUAUAGGGGUUGGAACAUCUGACAGUAAAGUGAAGGUUUAUGAUGUAAGAUCACUGAAGCUUCAGCAGCAGUAUUCCGCUCAUGAAGGUCCGGUCAACCAGGUGUCCUUUCACCCAUCCGGAAGCUAUCUUGUCUCCGCUUCCCAGGACAAGACGGUCAGACUGUUCGACCUUCUCACCGUCAAACCCAUCUGUACUCUCUACGGACAUGAAAAGAGUGUGAAUGCUGUUGUAUUCUCGCCCCAAGGUGAAUAUUUCUCCUCUGGUUGUACAGAUGGUAAAAUAUUGGUCUGGAAAGGGAACCUGGAGACUAAUAGAGCAACAGCAGAUAAGGAGAACUCGGCACCAGCACAAAGUAGUAGACUUGAAAGUCCGGUUUUAAGCUUGAAAAGUAACCUUCUCCGAAGCAAGGAGAAUAUAAACCAAGUUGAGGAUUCUAUCUCCAAGCUAGUAUUGAGUAAUGAUGGAACUACCAAGGAAUCUGGUUCAGGAGAAGAAAUAUUAUCCGAACUCAGAAAUAUCUCCGGAAAACUGGAAACCCUGACUAAGACUGUUCUCUAUAUGGAGAAAAGGUUGACUUUGGUGGAAGACCAAGUUAAACUGUUGAACAGAGAUUCUUAAACUUAUUUUAACUCUUAUUUAUAUAAAACACAGGAAACAUUACGCUUAGUCCGAUCUCCAUGCAACUAAUGUAUUUUCACGACAUUUACAAAUUUGACUAACUAUAUUUUAUAUUUAUUUAUUGUUUGUACAUUCAAAUUUUGCUAAUGAUUUUAAAUACUUUUAUAAUAUGAACUUUUGAUAUUUGAAGGAAGAAAAAGUAUUAUAUAACCCUCCCUGUUGAAUACUAAAUAUUUCCCUAUUUGUUAAUUGAUGUUUGGGAAACGAAUGAAAUAGCAAGUCUCCACUCUUUCCAACUUGAAAAUUAAGCCCUGGAAAAGAAUUCCUUCUUUACCAUGUUAAUAUGUACCAAAAUUAUUAGUUUUCUAGAAGCCUUAUAUGAUCUAGCGACAUUUAUUAUAUUUAUAACUUAAUUCCAG